AUGACCAAUGAUGUCGAGAUGCCUUCUUCUGACUUUGAGGGCUCGAACGCGGAUCUAUACGCAAUGGACCUUCCUCUAUCGCUCGCCGGUGCACUGGCCGCACACCAAGCGACAGCUCAUUCCACAAAUGUCAGCAGUUCAACAGAAUCGGAGAAUUCAGAACUCCACGCUACACCAGAGCCUCCGCCCAGUCCUCCUUUCUCCAAACCAGCAUCCUGGAACGCGAUUGAUGCCGCCACCGCGGAACGCCAGGCCAAUAUGCAGCAGGAAAUAGCCGCACAAGAGCUUCGCGAUUUGAAGCGUUGUCUAGACCUACGAGAUUAUGACAAUCGCACCGCGUAUGAGAAGAUUCACGAUUCUGAGCCGCUCGUUGUACCUAAACCUUGGUCGAUGUCGGGGGUUCCCCUAAAGACCUGGGUGAAGCAUCCCUAUUUGCUUGAGGAGUACCUGGAAGGGGAGCAAUUUUCCCGCGAGGCAAUCAGAGUUCGAAGGGAAUACCUUGAAAUCGUAGACUGUGGUUCACCAGAGAUCGAGUGCCUCGCCGCUCUGGAGAAACACGUUAUGGAAAUUCGGGCGUCGCGACUAUUGGCUGAUGUCCUGCUUGAGGCCAUUCUACAUGCAACGCAAAAGCUCAUCUUGGAGAUUGAAGAUGGCGACAAGACUAAGAAGAAGCCUGUCUCGGAUCUAUGUCGUCGCCUGAUGGCUCAUGCGACCCAUACAGAGAACAACAGCGAGCUCAUUCGGGCUGUGGAGGCGAUCAGUGAAAUGGAACGAAGACAUAUGCCGUGGCGAUUCGACGCCGCUUUGGAAUCUCGCACGGAAAAUCCGCCAACAUCUUCUGCAGCCGCUCCACUGGAUUCACCACCGGCUGAUGACAUCUGUCUUUCCCAGGAGCAAACCUCUUUACCACCACCGGAUGAGAAAUCCCUGCCCAAGGAUCUGCGUCGGCUUAGUGUUAAAUUCCAGGAGAAUCUGCAAUUACUCAGUCCAGGUAAGUGA